CAUACUUGUGGCAGCAUUGUUCCAUAUGAUUGAUCUAUCGGAUGGUCGAAUCCUGGAUUCACUCCUCCUUAAUAAGUGGACCGUGCGGGAAAAUAUCGAUUUCUUUGCUACGAGCUCCGACAACGUUAUUUGCGACGCCCUCAAAGCGUAUAAUACCUUUUCUCAUGGUCAGAGGCAGCUAGUCUGUCUUACACGAGCCAUUGUGCGUCACGGUAAUGUUCUGGUGUGCGACAAAGCAACACGCAGGAUGCGCUAUGAGAUUGCAGAUAUUGAUAAAAACGCUAGACCUAGAAUUCAUUGUCGAUGCGCAUACGGAAGAACUUAUGCAGACCUUAUCCGCUCACAUUUUCUUUCAAGUGCUAUUCUGGCUAUUACUCAUCGAAGUUCAAGUGUUCUGGACUUUGAUCGUGUUCUCGUCAUGGAGGAGGGUCGAAUCGUCUAG